ACGACGAGUUGAUGCAGACGAUUUUCAUAAUCGCUGCAUAUUAGAUUUUUGUGAAACCUCAAUUAUAAAUUCUAUUGAAAUUGAAAAAAGUGAGUAACUUUGAAAGCAAAUUUUUUUUGCUAAUUAUAGCACGUUUUUCUCGGCUUGUGCGGGACGGUUCCCAUGCAGUGCAUUCGCACAUAGAUUGAAGUGCAAGUGUAUAACAUUCGAAAAAUGUUUGCAAUAUAAGAAGUUUUGUACACAGAUAAGUUUGUAGGCCUUUACAAACGUAAAAGACAUGAAACCUACAGUGAAGUGAAAUUUAUAUUACAUGAAAAUUAUCGUGAAAAAUACCCUUAAGUUCUAAAGUCUUAGAAAUCUCUCUAUAAUCCAAAGUCAAUAUUUUGGUACAUAGCAAUAAAACUUGUGUUAAAAAGAGGUUGGGUGCAGACAAGUUGCACUUGCAUACAGGUUAUAAAACAAAUAUUAGCGCCGAUAAAUGGGGAGUUGCGCAAAGUAGAGAAGAAAAAUAAUUGCAACUUCCCUUUUAUAGGCAUUUUAUGUCUACUACAAAGUGCGAAGUAACGUAGAAAAGGCGAGUUGAAAAAAGCGUAGAGUAGUGGAAAGUGAGUGCAUAAUCAAAAUAUGUAUGAAAUCCUUAUAUUAAAGGGCAAUUUGUAUACAUAACAUAAAACCAAAAAUGUAUGUAAGAUAAAAGUAGAAAUAUACAAUCGUAUUAUAUAAAUGCCGGAAGUUAUAUACGUGUAGAGGAAAUUAUAAAAACGCCGCACUUCCGUCUGUGGUUUGUGCCCAGUUCGCCGGAAUCGCCACGAAUUUCGGUUUCGGAAGCUAAUAUUAUUGGGUCUCGUGCACACGCCCACCGAAUUAGCCAAAACCCUGAGCUACGGUUUGUCAUUCGUCUGAAGCUGAACUGAAGUGUUUGAUUGCUAAAGAUCGAAGUGAAGCUUAAAGCGUAUACUUUUUCUCGAUAUAGUUACUAAGCUGGCAAUAUGGGCGCACAGCAGGGUAAAGAGCGCGGUUCACAUUCCAGCGGCGGUGGCCAUGGCGGCACGGCCAGUUGUAUUGGUGUGCCAAGUAGUGGCAGCCCAGUCGGCUUGUCGUCGUCUCAUGGCAUUAGUGUUGGCAGUGUAAAUGCACUAGCUGCUGGUUCCACCUUGCGCGGCUCCCGCAUCAAAUCAUCAGCUACACCAGCAUCUGUGGGUGGGAGUUCACAUCGUUCGACUACCGCUUCGGGUAGUAGCAUUGGACAUACAUCUAAGGACAAUCACAGCCGUUGCAAUGCCAUCGGAAUGAACAUUUUCACAGAACAUAAUGGUCCAAUGCACAGAGUCCAACAACAGCAACUCCGUGAUGCGGCUAAAUAUCAAAUACAUUUAGAAGCACUGCGGCAAUCUCGACCGCUGCCACACAUUCCGGCCGGCACGACAAUGUUGCCUGACGCCGAUCUGCAAUGCCAAGAUGGCGUCUCGCUACACACCCAAAGCCACAGCACAGGUCACAAUUCCGCCACAUCCGGCUUUGAAACGGCACACCGCUGGACAUCCAAAGAGAAUCUGCUGGCACCUGGUCCCGAAGAGGACGAUCCACAGCUGUUCGUAGCUUUAUAUGAUUUUCAAGCCGGUGGGGAGAAUCAAUUGAGUCUGAAGAAAGGCGAACAGGUGCGUAUAUUGUCUUACAACAAAUCCGGCGAAUGGUGUGAAGCACACUCGGACUCUGGCAAUGUCGGUUGGGUGCCAUCGAACUACGUGACGCCGCUGAAUUCGCUGGAGAAGCACUCUUGGUAUCAUGGUCCCAUAUCGCGCAAUGCCGCCGAAUACUUACUCAGCUCGGGCAUCAAUGGCAGCUUUUUGGUGCGCGAAAGUGAAAGUUCGCCAGGGCAGCGUAGCAUCAGUCUAAGAUACGAAGGUCGUGUGUAUCAUUACCGCAUUUCCGAGGAUCCGGAUGGUAAAGUUUUUGUAACAGCGGAAGCCAAAUUUAAUACACUCGCCGAACUUGUGCAUCAUCAUAGUGUACAACACGAAGGGCACGGGUUGAUUACGCCAUUACUAUACCCAGCGCCCAAACAAAAUAAACCGACCGUUUUCCCACUCAGUCCCGAACCGGACGAGUGGGAAAUCUGCCGUACGGACAUUGUGAUGAAGCAUAAGUUGGGCGGCGGCCAGUACGGUGAGGUGUACGAGGCCGUUUGGAAGCGUUACGGCAACACAGUGGCUGUGAAGACGCUGAAGGAGGACACAAUGGCACUCAAGGACUUUCUCGAAGAGGCGGCUAUAAUGAAAGAAAUGAAACAUCCAAACCUUGUGCAACUAAUUGGUGUUUGCACGCGUGAACCGCCCUUCUACAUCAUUACCGAAUUCAUGUCGCAUGGCAACCUCUUAGAUUUCCUGCGUUCGCCUGCCCGCGAAACACUUGACGCUGUGGCACUGCUUUAUAUGGCCACACAGAUUGCCUCUGGUAUGAGUUAUUUGGAGUCGCGCAAUUACAUUCAUCGCGAUUUGGCCGCACGCAACUGUCUAGUGGGCGAUAACAAACUCGUGAAAGUUGCCGAUUUCGGCUUGGCGCGACUUAUGCGCGAUGACACGUACACAGCGCAUGCCGGGGCCAAAUUCCCCAUCAAGUGGACCGCCCCAGAGGGUUUGGCGUACAACAAGUUCAGCACGAAGUCGGAUGUUUGGGCAUUUGGCGUUUUGUUGUGGGAGAUCGCCACAUAUGGCGCUUCACCGUAUCCCAAUAUUGAUCUCACCGAUGUAUUUCAUAAGCUUGAGAAGGGCUAUCGCAUGGAGAGGCCGCCGGGUUGCCCACCGGAAGUGUACGAUUUGAUGCGUCAGUGUUGGCAUUGGAAUGCGGCGGAUCGGCCGACAUUCAAGAGUAUACAUCAUGCAUUGGAGCAUAUGUUUCAGGAAUCAUCGAUUACCGAGGCGGUCGCAAAACAAUUGAAUGCCACAACGAUGACGCAGAGUCUAACGCCGCAAAUGGGCAAAAAGGGCAUACCAGCGAGUGGCGGCGGUGGUGGUGGCGGCAGCAGCAGUGGCGGCGGUUUAACACCGAGCGGCGGACUACUGGAACAACCCGUCGGAACGCCAAUGUCGGAAACCGGUUCGACUUCCACCAAAUUAAGUACAUUCUCCAGCCAAGGUAAAGGCAAUGUGCAAAUGCGCCGCACCACCAACAAACAGGGCAAACAGGCUCCCGCGCCACCGAAACGUACGAGUUUACUUUCGACCAGCCGUGAUUCUACUUAUCGUGAGGACGAUUCACGUAAUCUCAUAGAUGAGCACAACACAAAUGGUAGUAGCAUCUUUUUCAACCUACAGCAACAACUACAAAAACAGCUGCAAAAGCAAACUCCAAUACAACCACAACCAUAUAACGUUGUAUCAACCACAACCACAACCCCAAACAAUAACACUAAUAAUAAACGUUGCAAAACGAAUUCUUAUACUUUGUGUACUACACCACCUCCUCCCCAAUAUUCUAUAAAGAAAUCAUCCUCUUGCAGUAGUUUCCUAAUCGAUAUACUUUUUCGAGGUAUUUCACACCUGAGUCUCACGCGCGAUAUUAAUAGUCUGACCCAACGUUAUGAUUCCGAAAAUGACAAUACAACAGGUGAUCCCGACACUGAUGCCACCGGUGAUAGCUUGGAAUGUCAAAAUAUACCCACCAGCCAAAGUAAGGUGCAGCACUCGCUCCACAGCGGUGGCAUCGGUCCACGCUCGGCUCAACAGCACAGCUCAUUCAAGCGACCCACGCCCGUCAUGGGCAAUCGCGGUCUCGAAACACGUCAAAGCAAACGAUCUCAACAUCAACAACAACACCAUGCGCCACGGGACAAUAGCGCAGGCGGUUGUACGUCACAUCACGUGACCGUCGGUGCAUUGGAGGUGAAUAAUGUAAAGUGCGUAGUCAAUCGCUAUGGCACUUUGCCGAAAGUGCAACGCAUCGGCGCGUAUCUGAAUAGUCUGGAGGAUCCGCAUACGCUACCACAGCACAGUAUCGCCACCCACCUGUCAACAGUGGCGCCGGUUGCCACCACAAAUGGUCAUGGCGGGCAUACAGCAGCCAUACGUCAACAACUGCCACCGGCACAUGUGAUGCCGUUGCCGCCACCAAUGAAGUCCGUCGCGAAUGUCACACCCACUGGGAAUUGUGGCAAUAUACCGACGCCACCACAGCAAAUGAUACGUAGCAAUUCAUCGAGUGGUGUUACCAUGCAAAACAGCGCUUCAGCGAGUUUGAAUAAAUUACAGCGUCAUCGUACAGCUGCUGAUGGCACCAUGAUGACGUUUUCCUCAUUUCGUGGUACAUCCUCCAGCAAUUCACCCAAACGCAGUCAACAGCCGGCGUUAGCUAAUUUGGAAUUUCCACCACCGCCAUUGGAUUUGCCACCACCACCAGAAGAGUUCGAGACACCACCGCCGCCACCACCACCCGCACCAGCAGCCGAGGUGUUGGAAGAACUACAAUCGGCAAGUAUAACCUCAACACAAUACCCUUUACCGAAUAGCAGUAGUAAUGAUGUCUCGAACACUGCACCCAGUGUUGAGGAAGCAAGCACACGAUUCGGUGUGUCGUUGCGUAAACGUGAGCCAUCGACAGACUCAUGCAGUUCGCUGGGGUCGCCACCGGAGGUUACAAAUGCCAAUACAAAUGCUGGUGGUCAUGUGCAGGAGUUCAAUAUGAAGGAGAAAUUGAUGGCGGAAAUCAAAGACCGUUCCAAAGAGAAUUCCGCCAACAAUGCAAAUUUACAAAACGGCAGCACCAUACCAGCAGGCAGUGGCGUGGACCCCGUGUCUCUGCUGUUCACAGAGUUGGCUGAAAUGAAUUUGACAAAGCAAAAGGCAACACCACCGCAACCACCAAAAGCUCAAGGUGGUGCCAGUAACGGUGAUUCAGGCGGUUCGCAAACACAAUCUCAAGAGAAUGGCAAUACAAACUCAUUUAAGGCACAGCUAAAGAAAGUUGAACCAAAAAAAUUACCAACACCCACACAAAAGACCGAAAAUCAAACGACGAUCAUUGACUUUAAAGCGCAUUUGCGAAAAGUUGAAAAAGACCCGAAAGAUAAAAAAGACGCAGCCACAGAUGAGGCGCCUAAAAAUAUACUACAAAAGGCACAAACUGUGAUCUCUACGGGCACGCUGGGCCGCAAGGGUGACAAGAAAUUCACCACACCUAUGCCAAUGGCGCCAACAAUGGGCACGUUAACAACACAACAAAAGACUGAAAAUGCAAAACAUGACAUGACCAAUAGCAAUAAUGGCAAUACCAUUAACCCUGCCAAUACCAACACUAACUCAACUACAAAUACCAAUGGUAAUACUCAACAUAACGCAAAUGCAAAUUCCAAUAUAAACUGCAACAAUACGCCAAACACCACAGAGUCAGCAGAUGCGCCAGUGAUGGCAAACGAUGGCGAUUCUGGCAAACGUCGCAGCACAGGUAGUAUACAUAGUUUGAAGAAAUUAUGGGAGCAACCGGGCAGUGGCGCCGAUUAUGCAAGCACCCAAUCACAGGCGAACUGCUCAACAAAUAGUGGCAGCACCGGCACGAAUUCCAACAUUACCAACAGCACUAGCACCUCGAGCACCAAUCAACUUUCGCCAAAAUUCAGUUUGAAGCCCAUCUCGAAUGCUGCAACCACGCCCACAACAAAUUCAAAUCGUUUUCCACCACUUGGCACCCAAAUCUCACCACGUACCAAUGCCAUGAAUGCCACUAAUUCCAUGGCCAAUAAGCCGCCACCAGCUGCACCACCACCACCGCCCCCUACUACCAAUAACAGCACAAAUAAUCAAACUCAGAAUCACAAUCAAAAUUCCAUUUUCAACAAUUCCCAUUGCACGAAAUCCCAACUAACAACCUCUCUCUCAACUCAACUAUUCACAGAUGGUAAUCAUCAGUAUGGUGAACAAGGUACUUCAAACACCAAUAAUUCCACCGCUAACACAUCAACCGGAAAUAACACAACGACUAACAACGAAAUCGCUGCAAUGAGCCAAUCACUUUUUGUAGAGCACAGCAGUGCUGCAAACACCGGCGGCAAUCUAAUGCAGCCAAACAAUAAACUCACCACAUCGACUAUCACUACAAAUGCGGCUGCUACAGCUGCGAAUAAUACAACUAACAACAAACCCGCCGUACCGCUGAAGCCCACCAAACUGACCAUCUACGCCACGCCCAUCUCACAGAAGAUCGCCGCCAGCGCAUUGGAUAGCACCACAAACACACCACUGGGCAGCGCACUGCAAAGUUCAACACAAAUCACACGCGAAAGCAUAUUAGAGCUCGUCGGACUGCUCGAGACUUCAUUAAAUCAGCAUCCCGUCAACUCGAUCUCGGCCUCACAGUGGCUACAACUAAGCGACAAGCUCAACAUACUGCAAAAUAAUUGUGUAGUCUUCGCUGACAACGAAACAAUGCCGCCGCAUUCGAAAUUCCAUUUUCGCGAAUUGGUGACACGCGUCGAAACGCAAUCGCAGAGUCUGCGCACUGCCGGCAGUAAAAAUGUACAAGACAACGAGCGUCUGGUCAGCGAGGUGGGUCAAUCUUUGAAGCAGCUAACAAAUGCCUUGCAUAGGUAAAUAUUAUUAAAGCGGGAAACACGGUCGGGGGUGAACAGCGCUUACAGUUGCAAUGUUGGCGACGGGGGAACGCAGGAGUUGCCACCACCAUGGCGCAGUUGGCUAGACGCCGAGGGAAAUUUCAUUAAACGCAAAUGAAAGUAACAGCCGCCACAAUUAUGGGUUGUGCGUGGUUGUAUGUUGUGUGAAGAAUGUUCAGAAAUUCAAGGCUUUAGUUUCCUGCUUGAGUGAAUGUUGUAGGCAUAUCAUGUGUGUGACGAAACUGUGGGAUUUGAAUAUGCGUUUUAAAUUCAUAGAUUUCUUGUUAUAGAACAAAAGACGAUUCCGAUCAUGCCACAAACAAAAAGAAAAAUGAUAUUUUCAAUUAAUUUUAAAGUGUUGAUCAACUUAAAAACACAACCUAAAACACACACCACACAUACAUACAUAAGUAAAAAAAAGUAUAUUUUUAUGCAGCAGAACUAGACAUUCAUUAUUAAUCAAAACAAUUAUGACUACUUAACUUCGGACGAAGUACAGGGUUCUAAAUCCUAACAUAUUUAUGCGUAUAAUUAAUUUAAUUUUGUCAUACAUACCGUUGUAAACUGCUUACAGCUUACUGUUCAUGCGUAAACCCUGUAUAUAUUAAAGUGAAAAUACAAAAUCUAGUCAUACAUGAAGAAUCCAAUUUAAAUUGCUGUUAGUUGUAGACUUACCCUAAAAUGAAAUCAAGACAUUUUAAACUACUUGUACUAGUUACUAGCAAUAUAACCAUUAUGGAAGCAAGCAAACAUUUUGAUAAGACUUGCAUUAGUACUCAUUUAUUAAGACUUAUUUGGUAGGUAUUCCUCUAACAACAUGAUUAUUAUAUUUUAAUUCCAUAUAAUAUAUAUUACAUAUAUAUUUAAUAAAAAAAACUGUUUCCAUAUUUUAGAAAUUUACAUGUAUAUUUUAGGUAUUUAUAACUAGCACUGUAUAAAGUUAAUGAAAGCGAUGCGAUUAUGUAAAAAUAUAAGCAGACUUUUGUGUCAUUUUUAGCACUAUAACGGUGUUUUUAACUGCUCCUACAAAAAUAUAGUUGCCAGAAAAGCAUAAUGCAAAAAAUAAAAUUGGAAAUUGUAUAACGGCCUACAUAUAUUGCAGUAUUUGUGAAAGUCGCGUAUGUUUGCAUAACAAUUUAAUCACAUUCAAGUGCCAAAAAAUUUAAAAGCAAGCUAAAAACAUGCUUUAGUAUUUAUGAUGGCAUAUAUUAUUGUUGGUUUCGAUUGUUUUUCGAUUGUUCUAACAACUUCAUUGUAUGUUUGCAAAUGCAUGCCUUUUGUCAUAAAAAUUGCUCAGGCAUAUUAUGUUGCCACAUUCUCAAAUUAUCAUGAAAACAUUUAGUAGCUUUUCGACUUUCGCUCAAACACUUCCAGAAUUUUCGUUAAUUAAAAUAUAAAUUUUCGUUGCUCUGUGAUACAUUUAAGCAUUUUGGCACAAUAUCCAACUAAUAUUGUAAUGUUUGGAUUAACCAAUAGUUGUUUGUUCUUAAUUUUUAAAGGAAGUGUAUUAGAAUUUUUACUACUUUUUUCUAUAAUGAAGAAUUUUUACAUUGUAGUUCAAUGUUGUUUAGUAAAUUAUUGGAGAACAAACUAUUUUGAAACAAUUUUAGCGAAUUCUUGUACAUUUUAGUUGUCUAGCAGUUUUGCUCAGCUCAUCUACAAAGAAAUUUAUUAGUGGCAUACGAACUUUUUAAUUAUAAAAAAUAAUUGGAAAUUUCUAUUGAGAGCAAUAAAUUAAAUUGUUAAAUACAAAAGCAAAACAAUCGGUCAAAUAUGUAUUGUUCUUAGUUUUUAACGUUACAAUAGUAGUUAUUUUUCUUGUCAAUAGAUAAUGUUUUUAAAAAUUAAUAUUUUUUUAGCUACAACCGUCAAUUGUUAAUAAAUACAAAUUUAAUAUUUAAGCUCCUUCCAAAUUUUCAAAACUACAAAAAAACAAGUAAUUUUAGUUCAAAGUGAAAGCAGCAUUAAAAUAUUUUUGUUUUUGUUCUAACAAAAUUUUUACUCGCAGUAAUUUAUUUAAAAUUAAAUUUUUUCAUUGUCUGCUAACCAAACACGUCAUUUUAAUUAAUUAGAGCAUAAUUAUUUUCUGCAAAAAUCGGUAUGUAAUAUAUAAAAAUAUGACGCCUAAGAAACCUCGUACGAAGUUGAAACAAACUUCCUGUUACAAAUAUAGUCUUGCAGCAGACGGGAUAUAUUUGAUUGAAAGAAUCGUACAAGGCAUAUUAAUAAAGUCUUUUAUUCAGAAGAUCUAACUUUAUUGUUUCUCAUAAAGGUGAUAAGUUGAUGUCUUGUAAAAAUAUUACGUAUUUUACUUCAUAGUAUCCCGUCACUUUUUUAACACAAUAUGCCAAUUCUUACAAAUAAAUUUUGCUAUUUUUUUUUUUUAGACAUUUUCUGCGCGCAAAUUGAUAAAAUGUUAAAAAGAAAAACCCAAAGAUAUUUAUAAAUAGUUCCAUAUAACCACAUUAUGCAUAUGUGCGAGUGUACUAUAUUUAAAACAUUAAGCUUGAGACGAAUAUAGUCAGUUGUAGCACGGAGUCAAGUACGCUUAGUUGAAGUUUCACAUUUGUUAGAUUAUACUUUCUUAUUGUAGAGAAGCAUACGAUGACAAUGUAGAAUUAUCGAAUGAACGUCUUUAAAUGUAGAAAACCACUGAAAUGUUCAGCUAUAAAUGUGCUGUGUUGAUAUUUAUUACCUUGCGCUCCAUUCUCGGUUUUACAUAAAUAUAUUUUUCUACAUUUAUAAAAGAAUAAACGAAAUGGAGAAAAUCAAAUGACAAUUAGAAGCACUCGAUUUCUUAACAAAAUUCAUUUUCUGUUUUUGUUUGUGUACUUUUAAGCCAAAUUUGUUAAGAUUUAAAAUGAUUUCAAACCUUUGCAAAUAUGCAAAUAAUUAAGCAUAAUUAAUUAAGACAUGAAAUGAAUUAGGAAGGUCAUUGUUGCAGGUGAACUACUCUACUAAUACGAAAAACCAAAAAAGUAUUUAAAGGAAUAUUAAAAAUAAGUGAAAUAACAAUCACAACUACAUACACUCUAAUUAUUAGUAUGAAAAGCAAAAAAAUAUGUUAUGCAAUGUAACUAAAUGUAUGGAAUGAUAAUUAACUGUUUGCUUGCUCUUGCUCUGCGGAUCAGAAAUAUGUACGAAUUCUUAGAAAUCAACAUGUUUAGGUGUAUGUGUACUACCAAGAUACGCAAUGCUCAAAUCAAAUUAAUAUAUACAUAUAUACAAACAAUUGCAUAAAUAUUUACAAAAAUGACGAAUACGUUUUCCAAAAAUCAUUUUAUAAUCAUAAUAUGUAAUACCAAAUACAUUUAUAUGUGGUAAAUUAGUAAUGGAAACAUUUAUUUUAAUUAUAAAUAUACUAGUGGUAUUUAGAUAUACAUACAUACAUACAUACAUCUUAAACUUAACUCAUAUAAGAAACUCAAAAUAAUAUAAAAACACACAUCUCAUUGAUAUCUAAUAAUUAUAUGCAAACAUAUUAUAAAAUUAUGAUAAAAUUUAAAAUAAUUUAUGAGCAUAUACAUAUAUACACCUAUAAUUACAUUCAUAUACGUAUAUACAUACAUACAUAGAUACAUUUACACAAAAACUUAUCUACACAUAUACAUAUUUAAAAAACAAAAAAGUUUCGCAAUAUUUCUCUACAUUAUUGGAAAUAAUAAUAUAAUUAACUAAAAUAAAGUAUAAACCAUAUUUUAUCGUAUUAUGUAUAUGUUAUAAUGAUCAUGACAAUGAGUAUAAUUUAAAAAGUUCAGUAAAAUAAAACAAAAAAGAAAUAAUUUUGUCAUACAUACCAAAAUA